AUGGAAUCAGAUCCUUCAUCUACUGGCGAUUUAACACAAGAACACGAACAAUUAAUUUUUGUCAAUAAUCAAAUUGAUGCUUUGGUUGUAUCUGAUGAUGUAAAUUUAGGUUAUUAUCAAAAUAAAAUGAAUGGUCUUUAUUUAAUUAAUCAUCAAUGUCCUUCGCGAUAUACAAAUGAAUUUAUUCAACAAUGUACAAAUCUUGACGAUUUAAAAAUAUUGAAAAGUGACCAUUAUGGACUUGCAACACUUACAAAUUUGAAUGCAAUGAAUAAUAUGAUAAAUCUGGAUGAACAAGUCGAACAUAAUGAAGCUGAUAACAAUAUCCGACCAUAUGAAAAUUAUCUUAAUUGUUAUGCUGAUGCGGAUGAUAGUGAAAGUUCAACAACUAGCUCGAACUCAUCAGAUGAAGAUGAUGUAGACCUUUCAAUUUGGAAUGAUAAAGAUUCGAAUAUUGAAUAUUCAUCGUCCGAUGAUGAUGAUGAGGAGGACAAUAAAUUGAUUAAUAAAGAGACAGAAUAA